UAUUAUGUCGUCAUCUGGGACAUUUUUUGUGCUUUAGUUACACAUAACCGGGAAUAAUAUCAGCAACUUUGUCUGAGCUACAGAAACUUCACAUUGUUUACGAACCACAGAAACACAAAAGCGCUGAAUCUGCAACCAAUGGACGCUUGAGGUGGAGAAAGAGAAAGUUCUUCCUGUCUUCUUGUCCCACAAGGCGGAAGCGUUUCGUGCACACGGAAACAUUUUGAUAUAUAUAUAUUUUUGUACCAUAUAGGCAUGGUUUACGAAGAUUUAUUUGCACGUCUUAACCAGGCUGGGUAUAAAAACUGGAUAAAAGCGGGUUUCUGCCUUAAGAAUGUUAAAGAUGGACUGUACGGAUAUGCAGACCGGGAAAUGCAGUGUUUCCACUCCACAGUCACCAGAAACAACUCCGUCUUACGAGACCAGAGGUGCAGAAGCAGCUGUAGACCGAGGGGUAAUCAGUUUGAGUUUGCUUGUCCUCUGUGUAAUGAGUGGAAGAAGGAAAUACUGAGACACCACACAAAACCAUCUGGCGUUAUUAACUGGGGAAACUGCAGGCCCUGGCUGUGGCCUACUGAACACUGGGAACUGGCAAAAGCUUUCAUGCCACGAGGACUGGCAGAUUUAUCCCGAGCAGACCAGUGUGAUGCGGCAGCACUGCUUAACCUGCUCCACUUCUGUGACCAUUUCAGCUUCAUCAACCCGAGUGUCAUAACAGAGGUCAUACGCUGUAGGAAUGAGUUAACGCACUCGUGUGAGAUGCAGGUAUCGAAUGAGUGGAUGGCACGCUUUCAGAAAAGCCUGGAGAAGCUGUUACUGACUCUACGCCACAUCCCUGAAGUGCGCGCCGCAGGUCAGCAGAUCCAGGAGAUACUGUCUGUUGAUCUGUCUUUGGGCUUAAUUGAGGUCGACAGUUUGGAUGGAGCCAAUAUGGAAGGCUUAUUGAUUGAAUCUAUCAGUCAGUGUGAGAUCGAAAUGCUCAGAGCGUCUCUGAGAGACCUAUUAGACAACAGUGAACUCGAGGGGAAUCUCGUACCUCUGGAGAAACUGCAGAACGUCUAUAGAUUUCUGAGCAGCCACAAGGAUCUUGAAGAGCAGUUCAGGACAGAACUUCAAAGCAUCCAGGUCCUGGAGGCACAACAGCUUCAAAGGGCCGAUCGCUGAAAAUGCGGAAAGAUGAAGGAAAUGGAAAAAACUUGUAGCAGAAGUCAUCAUGUAGAUAGAAAAUUUAAUUUAGAGUCGUAGUGAUUAUCGCAGGAAUAUUAGGUUUCUGGCCAUUCAUUUAGAUUUUUUACUAGCUGCUUAUUCCACAUAUAUUGCAACGGUAUACAUAUUAUACAUAUUACCACAUGUGACCUAUGAGAUUUCACGAGUAUGCAGCUGAUUAAAUAAUUUGUUUGAAA